AUGAAUAAUUUGAGAGCCAAAUCGGAACAACAUUUUGAAACUUUCAAUAGAAAGUACAAAAAUCUUGGAGUUGUAGGAAAGGGUGCCUAUGGUUCUGUGAGUUGUUACGAAGAUAAAAGUAGAAAGAAAGUUGCUGUCAAACAAUUCUUCAUGAGGAGUGGUAAAGACGAUGGUAUUCCUAUCACACUCUGCCGAGAAAUCAAUUUGUUGAGAGAAUUGGAGCAUGAAAACAUUCUAAAAGUUCAAGAUAUUGUCAUUAGUACGGACGGAAGCUUUAAUAUGAUUUGUGAUUUUUGCAAAAUAGAUUUAGAAAAGUUGCUCACGUAUCAUAAAUCACAGAUAAGAGCACAUAACACCUCACCACCUCUCCCUUCAAAACUGGAUGAUCACAUGAUUCGAUCAAUUUUGUAUCAAAUUUUGAAAGGAAUUCACUAUUUGCACAGCAAAUGGGUGAUACAUCGUGAUUUGAAACCCUCAAAUAUUCUCAUUAAUGACGUGGACGGUGCAGAUAGAGGGUGUGUCAAGGUUGCAGAUUUUGGAUUGGCACGUAUUUUCAAAGCUCCCUUACGAAAGCUUGUGGACGAUGGACCUGUUGUCACCAUUUGGUACCGAUCACCUGAGUUGCUUCUUGGGUCAAAACACUAUACACCUGCGCUCGACAUUUGGAGUAUUGGAUGUAUCAUGUAUGAACUAUAUGAAUUGAAACCUCUCUUUAAGGGUGAGGAGGUAAAACAAGGAAAUAAUCCAAAUCCAUUUCAAAAAGAUCAACUCGAUAAGAUAUUUCAAGUAUUGGGCACUCCAACCGUUGACCAAUGGCCUUCAUUGAGCAGCCUUCCAGAAUUCAAACAAUUGAGUAAUUUCACAAAAUAUGAAAAUAAGCUGGAAGCUGAGUCUCACUUUAGCAAAGACUCCCCUGAAUAUGAUUUGCUUAAACGAUUAUUGGAAUACGAUCCUUCCAAGAGAAUUACUGCUAAGGAAGCACUUCAACAUCCUUAUUUCAAUCCAAAGCCAAGUUCCAAUUGCUUUGAACAACACAGAUACAUUUAUCCUGAAAUUAGACCAGUGUUACAUCCUACGCCCAAUGUGAUGAGGCCUCAUCCUCCACAAAAUCAACCAAGUUAUCCACACCCUAAUCCUCAUUCUUUACCACAGCCACAAUACCCUCAACCCAGUUAUCCACCUUCUCAACCACAGCCAUCAAUGAAUCCCAUGAAUCCUUCAAGUAACAGUGCCAACCAAAAUCAAAAGCCAGUCAUCAACAACUCAUCAGGCUCAUCCUCCAAUAAGAGGAAAAAGAAAGACGAGUCCAGCAAAAUGUCGUCAAGUUCAAAGAAAAAAAAGCAGUAA